CAGGUUCGCCUUAUGAAAAUGGAAAGUACCACGAUACCAUGAACGAACUUGAAGAAAAUGUUCCAAACGUUAUAGACGGUGAUAAACGUUCGGUACUCGAAUCUAAAGACAUGCACGAAUCAUUCGUAGAACCAAUGGAUAGAAUCGAUGAUUUUGACGAUGAUGUUAAAAUUCGAUUAGGAAGAGGUUUGAAAACUAUCGAUGAUAAUUAUUUCAAAAAUAAUACUAUCAACAAUUAUACAAAUCAAAUUCAAUCAAUUGACGAAGAACACUUUACUACAACUAUGAAAACUAUCAACAUUUCUACGAAAUAUGAAAUAAUUCUUCAUUCAUCGUCAGCAUCAUCUUCAUCGUCAUUGGAUAAUUCAAACACAAUGAGAAAGAAGGAGACGGAAAAUGAGGAUACUCAUAGAAAGAAGCUAGCAAUGUUCUUGACAGCUGACAACAUGGAAGAUGAAUCUCAAAUGGAUUUGGCUCUUCAUGGAGAAUUGGCUGGAAAAAUCGUUGAAAAUAUUUUUGAACAAGUGCAAAGGAACGAGGCCCUUAAAGUUGCACUUGGUCCGGGACUUUCUAAAAAGAAUCAACAUCAGGAUGAAAUUGUUACUGAUAAGAUUUAUCAUCAUCGUGACCUCGAUGAAAAUUAUAUAAAACAUACCGAGAAGACGAUGAAGAAAAUUAUGGAACUUCUUGGUCGAUUAGUUUUGGACGAGGUCCAAAGUAAAACUUGUGCAACAUUGCCACCUGACAUGCAACAAUUCUUAGAAUGGAUCUUACAAAUUAAUGGAGAUAAAGAUUUACAUAUACAAACAUCAUCAUUAUUACCAUUAACGACACACGAACAAGAAACAACUGAACAUCCUGUAGACGAUGAUAAAAUCAUUUCUACUAAAAUCCCUGAUGAAGAUAUUGAUAAAGAUUUGAACGAAUUUCAGAAGAAGAUUCGAAUAUUGAAGAAUCUUAUAAACGAGUACAACGCUUUAUCUGCUAAAGAAAAGAUAAAAGUUCAGACUGUUCACGAUUAUCUGAUGAGACAAUUGAAUUUACUUUUAAAUUACAUUAAAAUAAAAGAAAAAUCGAAUAAAAAUGCAACGAGUUUAGUUUCAAGGACAGCAGGUGUACACGGACAUAAUUCAGGAUUUAUUGUUCGUUAUCAAGGUGAAUCACCAAAAUUAAAAUUCGAUAAUAAUCUGACGUUAAUAAAAGAUCCAAACGUAUCGGAAUAUUGGAAAUUAAACAAUACAAGUUUUUCAUUGGACAUUGAAAGAAACAAACGUAAUAGACCAAUACGAAGUUAUUACGAUAAUUAUGUUAAAAGUAAAAAGAAACGAAAGAAACGUAAGAAACGUCAAAGAAAACGUCGUCGUAGACGAAACGAAAUAAAUGAUGAUAAACGACGAGAUGAUACGCCGGAAUAUCGAAAACUUGCACGUCGUGCUGCUGCCAUGAUAAGAGAAAAACGUGACGAUAAUUUGGAUGACGAAUGGAAUCAAUUUGAUUUUAAAUACGAACAACCAAAGAUAUAUAAAUCGUUGAAUAUUAUCAACGAACCAAUUGAAAAAAUAAGAAACGAACGUUCGAUCGAUCUACAAUCAAAGAAAAAAAAAAGAACAACUUUAGAAACGAAUAACAUUACCAUAACGAAUUUUGUUAACAAUCAUUUUGAUGAUUUACCUGUGAAAGGUAAAAAUCUUGCCGAGGAUGAAAUGAUAUUACUUAAUAAACGUGAAGCUUGGAAAAAGGAAAACGAAAGGCAACUAGAAGAAGUUGCAUUUGGUAAAAAGCUUUGUUUCGUUCUUGGAUAA